UCCUUCCAGGAAAGACGAAGCUGGCGUUGCUCCGGGAAAAGAAAAUCUUUACGCCUCAGUUUCAUAACGCUCGGGUUCAUUAGAGAAGGACAGAUCUGGCGUCCUCCGUAAGAUCAUUUCUGAUAUAAAACCGCCCUUUUUAAACUAUAUUUAGUAAUCCCCAAGCGGAGACGCCUUUAACGUCUUGACUCUUACCAUAAACCUCAGUGUUGCCCGUCAUUGUCUUCAAGUUGCGUCUUUAACCCGUCGUUUGCGGAUCUCCGUUUGGGAAUACGAGUUUAAACACUGUUAGCGCCGGUGUGUUAGAAGCGUGGUUAAAGGUGCUUUUUAAAAUGGGCCGGUGUUUCUAUUUUUCCGCACUCAUACUUUCAGUUUCGUAUCUGUUGAUACCGUUGUGUCACUCUCUGGAAUCGGGCGAGCAGUCUAGUCUCCUGGAAAAUGCUCGGUCCAUCAUCGCAAGUUUGUCCGAGGAAGCCCAUAGUUGCCUGGUCUCUAUGUUUGGCGAAAAGAGACUCGACCUGUCUCUCAAGUUUCUACAAAGUGGUAUAAAAUGGCUGUCGGAAGCUGUGGCGUCAGCCCUUAAUAUGGCUAUCCGGUAUGCUACAGAAGUCUUGAAAUCAGCAGGAAUUGACGCCAAGCUGCCCUUCCAAAAGGUUACUCCAGAAGGAGUGAUUUUUGUCACUCAGUGGGCCCUUCUGGCUGUUGUGGCCUACUGGAUAAUAUCCUUCAUCCUGAGUUUAAUUGUUGGAGCUAUACGGCAGGCUCUGUGGCUGCUGAAGGUCACCUUUGCCGUAGCAACGUUUGGCUUGAUUCUCAGUGACACUGGAGCCUCGGCAGAAACUACAGCGAUAAGGCUAGCUGGCCUGGCGUGUGUUUGUUUCCUGUUAGGAAUAGGCACACCAUCUGCGAAGCCGGAUAGGCACCUCGAGGACCAAAUCAAGAUGCUGGAGAGACGACUAAGAGAGAUGGAGAAAAACAAAAUGGAUUGACAGAAAACAAUUCUCGUUGCUGCAGUUGUAAAUCCAAGGAUGGAAUCCAGCAUGGCAUUGUGACUCUGCAAUAGAACCACACGUGCAUUUUGUUCAUCUAAACUUGGAAGGUGCUUCAAUAUUCAGAGAUUACUGAUUCUAAAACUUGUCACAUAGCACAGUUCUGGCAUUCAGGGGGUGCAAUUGUUAACAAAACGACUAAAUCUAAUGUUCAAACACUGUUUCUGGGGUUACCUAAGGUACAAAGAACAGCAAAUGCCUUUACGCUGCGUUUAAACAAUCGUGGUUUUGUUAUUCAGUGCAUUAUUUAGGAAUGCGAUGCACAGGGUAACAGUAUGAAAUGUAUUUAAUCAAUUCAUUAUAAUAAAUUUGUUGAAAAACA